AUGCUGUACCUCGUGGGAUUGGGUCUGGCGGAUGAAAAGGACAUCACGGUCAAGGGCCUGGAGAUAGUGAAGAAGGCGUCGCGCGUCUAUCUCGAGGCGUACACGGCGGUGCUGCUCGUGGAGAAGGAUGUGCUUGAAGCCUUCUAUGGCCGAUCCGUCAUCAUUGCCGACCGCGAAAUGGUCGAGUCGUCCAGCGACGACAUCCUCAAAGACGCAGAUACAGUAGACGUCGCCUUCCUCGUCGUAGGCGAUCCAUUCGGCGCAACAACCCACACCGACCUCGUCCUCCGCGCACGCGAGCUCUCCAUCCCCACGCGCUCCAUCCCCAACGCCAGCAUCCUAACCUCAAUCGGCACCACAGGCCUCCAACUCUACAACUUCGGGCAAACAAUCUCCAUGGUCUUCUUCCUCGACAACUGGAAGCCCGCAUCCUUCUACGACCGCGUGGCCGAAAACGCCGCUAUAGGCCUGCACACCCUCGUCCUCCUCGACAUCAAGGUCAAGGAGCAGAGCCUGGAGAAUAUGGCGCGCGGGCGGCGCAUCUACGAGCCGCCGCGCUACAUGACGGUUGCGCAGUGUGCGCGGCAGAUGUUGGAGGUGGAGGAGGAGGAUAAGAAGCUGGGGGUUUAUACGAGGGAGAGUCUGGCGGUUGGGGUUGCGCGCGUGGGUGCUGAGGAUGAGAAGAUUGUGGCGGGCACGCUGGGUCAGCUUUGUGAUGCGGAUUUGGGGAAGCCGCUGCAUAGUCUGGUGUUGUUGGGGUCGAGGACGCAUGAUCUUGAGAGGGACUUUUUGGAGGAGUUUGCUGUCGAUAAGGAGGUUUUCAGACGGGUGUGGGCGAGGGAUUAUGAGGGAAAGUCGUAG